GCGAAGGCGAUGGGCAGGAUGAACAACAAGUUCGAAGAGACGGCGAAGCUCAACCAAGAGGUUGUCAUUCAGGACGAGGUUGCCUACGCCAAGUCGCAGUUCCAAAUUCACCGAAAGGAAGAGGAUCCAUACGAUGACUUGGAGGCAGUCGAUCUGGAGGACGAGUUCGACGAGCUGUUCCAGGCGCAGGAGAAGGACGGGAACUACCACGUGUAUGAAAAGUCGAUGAACAGUGUGACCCUCGAGAAGCGCAAGAAGAUUUCUGGCAAGACGCCCCCGCGUCCGAGUGGCCCACUUGAUGGAGACAAGGGCGGUGGCUUGACAGAUGGCGCGAAGUUCCUGCAGGCGCACAGCGAGCUCAUCAGCAACGUCCGCAAGCUAGGCGAGGAGCUGACGGGCAAGAGGGGCAUGAAGGUUGCGCUGAAGGCCCUCUCGGACGACGUGAGCAAGAAAGGCACCGACCUGAACUUGCUCCCGUAUGCUUCAGACAAGAUCAUGCAAUCUAUUGAUGAAGUGAAUGGCCAUGUGCAGGCGCUGCUGAAGAAGGUCUCCAACAUCCAGAAGCACGAGGUGGCGGAGUCGGAGAAGUCGCUGGGCGACCUGACAAAUUCGACCAUCAUCAUCAUCAUCAUCAUCAAAGACAAGCACGUUGACCUCAAGAGUGCAGGCGGCCAUCUCAUCGCCGAAGCUCGCAACAAUGAGCGCUCGAACCGCCAGAAGGACGACUGGGUUCAAACGAAGGUGAAUGCGGCGCUGACCAAGAACGGCUUCGGCAAGCACCACGCCAGCCGGCUCAGCAAGAUCCCUUUCAAUUUCGAGACGGCGGACCUAACGAAGAUCCACGUGCAUCCAAAUGCACCCGAGGACACGGCCCACGGCAUCAACAUCAACAACGAUGAGGACACACGGGACUUCAACCACGUUUCGGCAUGGGCUGCUGGCAACGCCCAGGCCAACAAUUUCAAUAAUAUCUUGCACGAGGACGCGCGAGUGCAGGCCAAGCUCACCACCAUGACGCCUGCCCUGUCUAAGAAUACCACGCGGGCGGGCGCCAUGUGUGUGGUGGAGGGCGCCCACUUCGCCGCCGCCGACGCCGACCUCGACCCCGACGUCUUGGACGGCGACGGGAGCGAGCCGUGGAUGCUUGCUUGUCGUGCGCACUGCUGCAGGUACGGGCCGAAAGCAUACCCUCUCCCAGGUGCCGCAUCGUUGCUGGUGGUGCUGGAGGGCCCAAUCUGCGUUCAACGGACGGCGAUCUCCAAUAUCACAGAGCACGGGGUCACGAUGAGCGUUUGCCCGUCCUUUCUGGAGACGCCUGAGGGUCAGAAGUGCCAGGGCUCAUCCAUCGUGGCGGUGCGCGUGAUGGACAACGUUGCCAGAUUCGCCCCCCGCGGGCUCGCCGUGCACAUGGUCCACGCCCCGACGGAUGCGGCAGAUGACGACGACGCCAACCCACCGCCGAAGAAGAGGGGGAAGUCGGCGGCGCCGAAGAUGACCGAUCAGUCGAAGGUCGCAUUCCUGCUCAGCAUCCCGCUCCUGCGUGCUGCUGACAUCAACGGUGUGGGCGGGAAAGUGCGACAGGUUGUCUCAGCCUGGAAUGAGACGCGCUUCAAAACUAAGGGCGAGGAUGCGAUGUGGGCCAACCGUGCAAGGUGGUUCCGUGCUCACUACAAGUAA